AUGAAGCUUCUCACAGGCCUGAUUUUCUGCUCCUUGGUCCUGGGAAUGGUAUCACUUUUGCCUUUUCCUUUCCUCUCCUUUCCAGGGGCUUGGGACAUGUGGAGCACCUGCUCUGACAUGAGGGAAGCCAAUUACACAAAUUCAGAUAAAUACUUCUAUGCUCGGGGGAACUACGAUGCUGCCCAGCGGGGACCUGGGGGCGAAUGGGCUGCUAGAGUGAUCAGCGAUGCGAGAGAGAGUAUUCAGAGAGCCACAGGCCACGGAGCAGAGGAUUCAUUGGCUGACCAGGCUGCCUACGAAUGGGGCCGGAGUGGCAAAGACCCCAAUCACUUCAGACCUGCCGGCCUGCCUGAUAAGUACUGA